GGCUACAAUUUCUACCCAUCAAAUUACAUAUUCUUUUGUGUACCAAAAAAUAUUCUUGAGAUCAAAUCUAGGUUUCUUUGUCAUCAUACAUGGAAAAGAGAUCUUGCUCCAUUGAACUAGAGCCAAGGACCUUAAGUCAAGUGCAACUCAUCCAAGUUAGGGAAGUGGCUGCAGAUGUAGUUCAAAAGUUAGAACCAAGAGAAGCCUCGGCUCUCUUUGUUGAGGGGCUGAUGCAUCCAAUGAAGGAUGAAAAUGGAGGCAAAAUUGAGAAGGCAGAGGAUAUUGUCGAUGAUGAUGAUGAUGAGAUUAAAGAAUGUGAAUGCCAAUGUUCCUUCAACAAUGAAAACACAAAUCAUGUUAAUCUAAAAGAGCCUCUUUCAGCACCAUUUUAAGUUAGUGUCAAUUGCUUAGCUAUAUUAUUCCAUGCUUGUAUUUAUUAGUCUCCUUUUAAAAUAAUAAUAAAAUAAAACUGAUCUUGAAAGAUUAAGUUAUGUAAAUGAAAAUGUUGC